AUGAAUGGACGCGAGUGGGAAGAGUCGGGUCACUCCGCCGUGUUACGUUUUGUGAUUUUGAAGUUAAAGUAUUGGGCAAUGUGCACCGUCACCGUGCAAUGUGUCUUGAUGAUCAAUAUGUUCAACGAGAAAAUCUUUCUUUCCCCUUGGUUUUGGUAUUUUCUCCUCGCUGGAGCAACGAUUUGUUCCCCUUUUACUGGAUCUUAUGUCUCCGUCGUCCCGAGUCGACAACUCAAUUUUGUCGGCAAAUAUCUGACGGGCAUCGAGGGGCUACAAAAUGGUCGACUCCGCAGUCACUUCGACGUUUCGUCUUUCACUUUUUACGCCAAGAUGGAGUUUUCUACUGGAGAAAUGAAUGUCACCAUGCUGGUGAGUUGCCAUGUUACGAUUUGGCGAAGAAACUCUGGAGAGAAUUAC